AUGCUUGUUAUAGUUAAAUUUAUCCUAGCAAUUGCCACCAUCAAUCAACGGCAAAUCACUCAACUAGACGUGAACAACGCUUUCCUAAAUGGGGACUUUUCGAGGAAAUAUAUAAGGACUUGUCUUUGGGAUAUGGCAAGCGGCUUUUCUGGUAACAAGUUUGUGGCUUUAUUGGUUUAUGUGGACGAUGUUAUUAUCACUGUUCACAGGUUAACUCAAUUCGUCUCUCAACAUAGGCAACCUCAUCUCAAUGCUAUCCAUCAUCUGCUACAGUAUCUCAAAGCAACUCCAGGGCAGGGCCUUCUAUUUUUAGCUCAAUCUUCCUUUCAACUUCGAGCCUUUGCUGAUGCUGAUUGGGGCUCUUACCUUGACAUAAGGAAAUCAGUUACUGAAUUUUGUACUUUUUUUCUUGGUAACCCCUCAUUGGGGGACGUGAUUUUGGUGAAAAUUGUCACAACAUUGCUUUUAUUAGGUGAUUCAACUAUUCAA